AUGAGCUCAAAGCUACCUCCCCGCCGCACUAGGGCGGAGCACAAUGACAAAGAGUGGUGGGCCCUGCUUGAAAUUCCCAAAACCCAAGAAGAAUGGGAAGAUGCCGCGUCGAACAAAUUCAAUCCCCCGACACGACAGAAGAGUACCAAGAGCGACACAGGAAAGGGCAAAGAGCCAGCCAGCCCGGCACCCCCCGAUCCGCGCGUGAGUACUAAGAGCGAUACAGGAAAGGGCAAAGAGUCAGCCAAACCGGCACCCCCCGAUCCGCGCGUUGGGAAGCGGAUUAAGGAUCUACAUGUCCGAGAAAUGAAAAAUUGUCAAUCCGCAUCCAAGAUUACCCUCCAGGAAUACUUAACUGGACGUAUCUUAUGGCAUAAAGCCGAAAUCAGCGACCUCUUCAUCGACGAGAACCAGACUCAGACAUUGACAGAUGUUCAAAAAGGGUUGGGAUUCGAGAAGGAAGCCAGACAGUUUGCUGCAAAGUACCAAGCGAAGAAUACAGAAUUCAAGAAGUACUAUAAGCAUAUUAAGAAGUAUGGCGGUUCUCUCCGUAAUGAUGAACGCCGUUGUACCGGUGAGUACGCCCUCGUCCGUGACCUUCAGCUGAACAUCAUUCAACGGCCCGAGAUUGAAGAUGAACACAUGAAAGAGCUUUAUGAGAAAGCUCGGAUUUGCGAGCUUUGGACCGCAUCGCAGGAUGAUCAGGAAACGACUUCUGGCACUGUUAUCACUGGGCACCAGAAAGGGGAGACGGAUGAAACGAUGAUGUCUGGGGAUACCCUCAACGCAACCUUGCGAAGCCACGACGACGUUCUAUCCAGGAAGCAGGACCCUGAUGAUAUCACAAUGGGCGAGGAGAUUACCAAUACCUCUCUCAUGCAGCUUCUGCGUAUACUGUGUCUGGAUUUCCCUCGUGAGUUCAAAAGGAAGUUGAACUGGAAUCCUUGUAAGCCAUUCUUAUUAUUCAAACAGCGAAAGAGUCGGUUCGUCAUCAAUCCACCCUCCGAGCCGAGUACCAUAGACCGAGGUGAUGGCUCUGGUAGACCUGCAAAGAAGAUGAAACCAGAUGGACAAUGGACAGAAGACGCCUUGACUCUCGGCGUGGAUGGAGCAUUAGUCAAUUCUCGGAACCCCAAUGAUAUUCAUUGUAUUGUGGAGGUCAAGCCCAAUCUCUUCCGGUCCAAAGAUGGCUAUGAAAAGGUCCUGCGCCAGAUGGGUUGGGAGAUGAUGUUCUGGAUUGCGAAUUGUCACAUGAAGAACCUCAGGAAAAACCGGUGGAUCAUGAUGGCUGAAUGCGCCGAUGAGGUUUACCUUGUCAUUGCCAGGUUCGAAAAACCGUGGCUUGACUAUGUGUCUGGAGAGGAUCCAGAGGAGAACCAGUCCGAUGACAGCUUUCUGCAUCUCUAUCUUGCAGGACCGCUGAGUGUGUACAACCACAAACAUGUCAAGCUCUUCGGAAAGUUUGUGGUCACUUUCACCAUGCAGCAACUGUUGGAUGCGUCACGUUGA